GGGCAAAAUCAAUACCCUGCACCUACACUGGCCGUUUUUGAUUGGGUAAGACUGAGGACCCCUGCUUUAAAACUUAUGGUCCAUGUUUGAACAGCAGAGUGUGUUGGAAAGUGCUGCUAUUGCUCAGGUCAAGCAUGAGUGCCAUGUUGCUCAAAUCUGAAUUCUUGUUUUUGGUACUGUCAGCUUGUCCUGUCACUGAGUAGUUUCUUUUGAGUAUCUGCAUUUCCUGUGCCAUCCUAAAAUAAAAUGGCCUUUUGAGCAAUUUCUCUUUGUUUCCAAAUACAAAAAAUAAUAAUUUUAAUUGGCCUAAUUACAGAUGUUUUCAGUCCAGCCCACGGUUCCACUUGCUUUCUUUUUUAAGCGUGGAUUGACAGGCAGGGUUGUGAAAGGCAAAACAAACAAGUGGUUAUUUGCAGGUUUAGUUGCCAAGGUGAGAAAGCAGGUGGGGCCGCUAGUCCAGAGCUCUCGCUUCUCUUCACUCGUGAUGCUGUCUCCCCUGGCAAGCGCAAGUCUGCCAUUUUGGAGUUCAACUUCUAGAAAAUGUAUGGUGUCAUGGAGGAAGAGUAUGAGACCGAAGAGGCAGAUCUGCCCGACAGCACUGUUUGCCCGAAGACUGAGUUCAAUGGGGAUGCAGAUUCCCUGUUCUUCAACGACAGGAAGCGACGCAUUGAUUUUGUGUUGGUAUAUGAAGAAGACAAGGAUCAAUCUGAGAAACAGACAUUUCAAAAGCACAAGAGAAGAAGAGAGUAUUAUGAAGCAAGUCUGAUGAAGAUGGGACUGGAGCUGGAGGCAACAAGAUCCGUUCUGGAUAAAAACGUGAUGUUUGUGAAGGUGCACUUGCCAUGGGAUGUGCUGUGCAACUACGCGGAGGUCCUGCACAUCAAGCUUCCCAUCCAGCCCAACGACCUUUCCGCGACCUCUAGCGCCUUCAACUGCUUCACCAAGCACUUCUACCCCAGCCGGGACCUCAUCCCCGCGGAGACGGAGUACUUCACCGCCCCCUUCGAGAGGAGCAGGCUGGCCAGCUUCUACAUCAAAGACUGCCACCAGUUCUUCAGGCCCUCUGUGAGGACACGAAUGGCUCAUCACAUCCUCAGCUGCGCCCCUUAUGAGGUGUGUGGAAACCAAAAGAAAUUUGGCAUCAGCAAGCUGCUGGACAGCGGAGUGUACCAGGCUGCCUAUCCUCUGCACGAUUGCAAUUUCCAUGAGAAGUCCCCGGACGAGCACUGCCUGAAUGAGCGGUACCUGUUGUACAGAGAAUGGGCUCACCCCAUGAACUUCUAUAAGAUGCAGCCGCUGGACCUCAUAAGGAAGUACUACGGAGAGAAGAUUGGGAUCUACUUCGCCUGGCUGGGGUUCUACACGCGCAUGCUGAUCCUGGCAGCUGUGGUGGGCCUGGGCUGCUUUAUCUAUGGCUACAGGACUCAGGAGACCAGCACCUGGAGCAAAGAGGUUUGUGACCCCCUGAUUGGUGGAAGCAUUGUCAUGUGUCCACAGUGUGACAGAGAGUGCACCUACUGGAAACUCAACAGCACCUGCGAAUCAUCCAAAAAACUGUGCAUUUUUGACAAUUUUGGAACAUUGGUGUAUGCCAUUUUUAUGGCAGUCUGGGUCUCCCUGUUCCUGGAGUUCUGGAAGCGGUACCAGGCCAAACUGGAGUACGAGUGGGACACGGAGGAGUUCCUGGAGCAGGAGGAGCAGCCUCGCCCCGAGUACGAAGCACAGUGCACUCACCAGCAAGUCAACCCCAUCACCAAGGAAAAGGAGAGAGUUCCUUACACAAAGUGUGGGAGGUGUCUUAGAAUAUCCUGUGGAGCUGGGACUGUUGUAUUCUGGAUCUUGCUGAUCGUGGCGUCGGUGGUCGGCGUGAUCGUGUACCGCCUGGCGGCGUUCUUCACCUUCUCCGUGCAGAUGCGGCAGGACCUGAAGAAGCUGGAGCCGCUGCGCGAGUACGUCACCCCUCAGAUGGCCACCUCCAUCACCGCCUCCAUCAUCAGCUUCAUCGCCAUCAUGGUCCUCAACUACCUGUACGAGCGAGUGGCUAUCUGGAUCACGGACUUCGAACUGCCAAGGACGAAGACGGAGUAUGAAAACAGCUUGACCCUGAAGAUGUUCCUCUUCCAGUUCGUCAACUUCUACUCCUCCUGCUUCUACAUUGCCUUCUUCAAGGGAAAGGUGGUUGGUUACCCCGGAGAUCCAGUGUACUUGUUGGGAAGGUACAGGAAUGAGGAGUGUGAUCCAGGCGGCUGUCUGAUUGAGCUGACGACACAGCUGACCGUUAUCAUGGGAGGGAAAGCCAUCUGGAACAACAUCCAGGAAGCGCUGUUUCCAUGGGUGCAAAAUAUGCUUUUCCGAUACUGCAAGAAUGCCACGUCUGAGGAGGUCAUUCCACGGUGGGAGCAGGACUACAGGCUUCAGCCAGUGGGGAAACUGUGUCUGUUUUAUGAAUACCUGGAGAUGGUGAUCCAGUUUGGGUUCGUCACGCUCUUUGUGGCAUCCUUCCCACUCGCGCCCCUCCUGGCUCUCUUCAAUAACCUGGUUGAACUCCGGGUCGACGCGUGGAAGAUCACGACACAGUUCCGGCGGAUUGUUCCGGAAAAGGCCCAGGACAUCGGAGCAUGGCAACCCAUUCUGCAGGGAGUUGCCAUUCUUGCUGUGGCAACAAAUGCGGCGAUCAUUGCUUUCACGUCAGACAUGAUCCCGCGGCUGGUGUACUAUUGGUCCUUCUCUGCAUAUCCAUAUGGACAGCAUACCAGCAACACCAUGGAAGGUUACAUCAACAACACGCUCUCGGUCUUCAACAUUGAGGACUUUCCAUCGCAAAGCAGGCCUCUAAAUAUACCCUACUGGUUUCACAACAUCACAUCCUGCAGGUAUAGAGAUUACAGGAACCCCCCUGGACACCCCAGACAGUACGAACACAGCUUGUACUACUGGCAUGUGAUAGCAGCCAAACUAGCUUUCAUCAUAGUCAUGGAGCACGUCGUGUAUUUCACCAAAUUUGUCCUGUCCUACGCGAUCCCCGACGUGCCCACUGCAGUGAGGGAGCAGAUUAAGAGGGAGAAGUACCUGACACAGGUCAUCCUCCACGAGGCCAACCUCAAAAUGGCCACCGCCCCCACUACUACACCCCUGGCUGACGGGGUCCUCAGCGGGAAAGAGACUGAGACCCACCUCCUGUAGAUUUGGAUCAGUGACCCACAGGCCGUAUGGAGGCUGAGGUGGAACGCUACUGGGUGGAGGAUGAACUGUCCCUUGCGUCUCUUCGCUUCCUCAUGCUUUUGCAGACUGACGUCUCUCGCUUUACCGCAAAAAAAACAAUUAGCAUGGCACCAAAUAACCACUGCCAGCUGCAACGGCUCAAUAAAUAAUACGGGACAGACGGUUAUUAUGUGAUAUUGUGAAGCAACACAAAACGUAUUCAUGGAAACAAUCAAGUUUGGGGACUGUAAAGGCCAUUCCAAAACCUUGGUUUUUUUGUUAUUUUAAUUAAUUCAUGUUUGGUUUUGA